UUGCUAACGAUUUUACACAGAACAAGAGCGAAUUAAAUUGUUUUAACGGUGUGAGACCCCAGCUAUCGAUAGCAUCAUCUGCUACUAUCGAUUGUGGCUCGAAAGCGCUCAACCAUCGGUAGCGUCGAUAGUGUCAUUGAUUGUUCUCCACCUCUAUGUUAAAUUGUGGCGGCGGCGCAAUUGCGUCGUACUUAAAUGAAAUUCUCGAAAUGUCUAAUAUUCUGAAUUCACAAAGCAUUACCGAUGAGCUAAAUGAAUGCACAAGUCCAACAAAAAGCAUAUUGCAACAACAACAACAAGAUGCGGCAAAUGGCAACAACAGCAACGACAUCAACUCCAACAUCGAAGUUGACACUCACGACAAUCUCACGUGCAGAAUGCCCCAAAGAGCGGCAGAUGAUGCGGACAAUGGUGACGAUUCUGAAUCGGAUGUUAUUAUCGUUUCGGAUACAUCAGAAACUUCGUCAAUUGUCAGCUACAUUAAUCCAUCGGAUUUGGAUACAGAUAGCGACGACAACAACGACAUUUGUAAGGCUUCGACAAUACCCGAAACCGAAAGCGAGAACGAUUCUUACAUUGAUGAUGAUGAGGAGCUAAGUGACGACAGCACGAUGGAAAAGUUUGUGAGUGCAUUUAAACUCAAAUUCGAAUCAUUCUUGAGCGGUGGCGAGCCAUGUGAUCAAGGCAAAGGAGACGUCGACACUCAUGACAAUCUUACGUGCCGAAUGCACCAAAGAGCGGCAGAUGAUGGCGACAAUGGUGACGUCUUCGACUCAGAAGAUAUUAUCGUUGCGGAUACAUCAGACAUUUUCAAGGCUUCGACAAUACCCGAAGCUGAAAGAGAGAACGACUCUUACAUUGAUGUUGAGAAGCUAAGUGAUGACAGCAUGAUGGAAAAGCUUGUGAGCGCACCAAUUAGUCGCAAAAUCGAAACCUUUUCCAGCGGUAGCGAGAAAACCAACGCAAGGAAGCCAUCGCUAGAACUGAGUCUUCUAAAAGAGACGCCGUUAGAUGCACGCAAAGUAAUAAACACGCGCAGUGGACGCGUAUUGCGUCAACGCAUCGAUCACAAGAUCGAGGUUGAUGAUGAUGACACCGACGAUGAGGAUUAUGUGGUAAAAGUCCGUAAGAAGCCCACACGCAAACGUCGCAUCUCCGCACUGCUGAGUAGCGACUCCAACAGCAGCAGCAGCAGCAUUGCCAGCUCCUGCAUGAAGGACAAUGCUAAUGCCGUACUCAUCUAUGUGGAUCUGCAGCAACCGGUGGCCAUUGUCAGCAGCGAGCCAACUGCUGAUGGUUCUGCCGUUGAAUGCGAUAGCGAAUUGAAGAUGCGUUUGGACAAGUUUUUGGGUUUACGACCGGCACAGCGGCGUCUCUUCAAUCCCAUGGCCAAUUAUGAGUUCGAGGACAAUCGCAUGGAUGAAGAUUCACCUCCAAGCUCACGCCUCUGGGCAGUACACAAUGCGCCCACUGCUGUCAAAGAACCAAGAGCCCGAGUGGCGACGGCAACAUCGACGCCGAUAGUAAAAUCCCUGGAUGCGAAACUAUCCAAUGAGAUGAAAAUGCUGAUUCUCGAUGAUAUUGUGAAGCGCACGAACGCCAAUUACUUUGAGAGCCAAACACCGCAGCACAUCAAGGAGCCUAUUGAUCUGAGUGGUCUACCCAGCGAGGAGGUGCGUGCGGUCAAUUGUCAGCAGCACAAGGAGAUCACCAAUUAUCUGGAACGUUAUGAGGGCUACAGCUUUGUGGAUUCACUACGACCUGAGACGCCUUUUAACAUGUGUCACCCACUCGCUGUCUACUAUCGCACGCGUGACUUUGAAUCGACGAAAGCAGGGCUGGCCAAGACACUGUUCAAUGUGCUCAAUCACAGCAUCUUCCAUUGCGGUCUGCGUCGCAUAAUCACAUGGAAGAGUUGCAUGAACACACCGAGCGCAAUUGUGCAUUCCAUUAAAGCUGAUGGCCAGCGCACUUCACGCAUCGUUCUUUGGAAGCAGAUGAAGCAGCCGAUUAUGCUGGUGAAGGUGCUGCUACACGAGAUGUGUCAUGCUGCUGCCUUUGUAUAUCACGGCGAGACAGGUCAUGGCGAUCACUGUCGCAAGUGGGCUUAUCGUGCCAAAUCGGUGAUUCCGGAGCUGCCACAGAUUGAUGAUUGCAAUGCCAAGUUCAAGUACACCUGUCUUCUGUGCCGUCGACGCUCGCAUGGCAUCAUCAAAUUCGAAGAUGAAGAGCAACAGCUGCGUUGCCACUAUUGUCAAUUCGAGGUGAAUGUGGAGAAGUUUAAUGCGGAGGAGGUGCAUGCUUUAUCCUUUAUCGAUCAUCUGGUUACGCCCUACAAGCAGUUUGUGCGUGAGAAUUACUUAAAGUGUGCCGAGAGCACGCACAGCUUGAAGAUGCAGUCGCUGAAUAGCCAGUAUAAGGAUCAACUGCAACAGUACUAGCAAGCCAGCUAAAGCAACGUUUUACAAG